GCACUAUUCUGUUUCGACUAUUGCUUGACCUUCGGGAGAGAGGUCGAUUUCGUAUGGAAGCGUGGCCUUUCUGUCUCGACGGUUCUUUUCUAUGCUGCCCGGUACCCCGCCUUCUUCAGCACGAUUUUUGUGAUCUUGGAUAUAGUCCCCUUCAAGGGCAUGUCGAUCUCAGUAAUGUUCUCAAGCUUACGAGUGUACGCGUUAUGGGACCGCAACCGCUGCGUUCUGGCUGCGGUCCUGCUCUUAGGCAUGGCGAAUCCGGCGAUAUCCAUUGUGAGA